GAAUUUCCGAUGAUUCAAGCAUAAAGUUGGGAACUUUAUUAGAUAAUAAAUGAAAAUUUACCAUACAAGUCCUCAGAAUAUCCUCCAGCCUCCGGCCUCUUGAACCCAACACUGUUCUUUCUCAGAGCUAUCCAUCUAAGCUAAAGAGUUCCAAAAUGGAGUUACCAACCGUGGGUACUGGGUUCUACAAUAUCCUCACUCGCCCAACGCAUUCGUCUUUUCCCUUAAUUCCUUCUAUAUCCUCUCCCACUACCACUACCACAAAAACAAAAACGAAGAAUUCUCAAUGCACCUUUAAAACUGCAGCAACAACAGCAACACCGCUUGUCAAAGAAUCAGAUAUUCAGCCGCCAAGUGGUGAAGUCCCUGCUCAAGGGCGUCACUCAAAGUCCUAUUUAGCCAGACAAGCUGCCAUCCUUGAAGUUCAGGAGUCUCCUGAUUUGAACUCUGCCCUUCAAAGAGUAGGACGGACAUUGAAGGUGCAAGACUUGAAUGUCAUUUUGCGAAAUUUCGGCAAGCAAAGCAGAUGGAAGGAUAUUUAUCAGCUUUUUGAUUGGAUGCAACAACAUAGUAAAGUCAGUGCUUCUUCAUACAGCAGUUACAUAACGUUCCUGGGAAAAAGCCACAACCCUAUUAAAGCGCUGGAAAUCUAUAAUAGCAUUGUGGAUGAAUCAGUAAAGAGUAAUGUCUUCAUAUGUAAUUCUGUUCUUACUUGCCUGGUCAGGAGCGGCAAGUUUAAUAGCAGCAUUAAAUUGUUUCAUGAGAUGAAGCAGAAUGGUCUCAUACCAGAUGCUAUUACAUAUAGUACGCUGCUUGCAGGUUGCAUUAAAGUCAAACAUGGGUAUUCUAAGGCAUUAGACUUGGUUCAAGAACUGAAAUAUAAUGAAGUCCAGAUGGACAGUGUGAUGUAUGGGACACUUUUAGCAAUUUGUGCUUCAAAUAAUCGAUGUGAAGAAGCACAGAGCUAUUUUAACCAGAUGAAGUAUGAAGGUCAUUUGCCUAAUGUAUAUCAUUACAGUUCUUUGCUCAAUGCUUACUCUUCAGAUGGAAACUACAAGAAGGCUGAGGAAUUGGUGCGAGAAAUGAAAUCUUCAGGGUUAGUGCCAAAUAAGGUGAUAUGGACAAAUUUACUAAAGGCAUAUGUUAGAGGAGGCCUGUUUGAAAAAUCCAGAGAGCUAUUAGUUGAACUGCACAGUUUGGGCUUUGCUCAAGAUGAGAUUCCCUACUGUAUAUUGAUGGAUGGCUUAGCCAAGACCGGACAUAUAGAUGAAGCGAGAUCAGUUUUUGAUGACAUGAAAGGAAAAGGUGUUAAAUCUGAUGGCUAUUCUCACAGUAUCAUGAUUUCAGCAUAUUGCCGAGAGGGGCUUCUGGAUGAGGCAAAGCAAUUGGCCAAGGAGUUUGAGACCCAAUAUGAAAAAUAUGACUUGGUUAUAUUAAAUGCAAUGCUGCGUGCCUAUUGCAGGGCUGGUGACAUGGAAAGCGUAAUGCAAACAAUGAGGAAAAUGGAUGAAUCAACAAUCCGUCCUGAUUAUAAUACUUUCCAUAUCCUAAUCAAAUACUUCUGUAAGCAAAAGUUGUAUAUGCUUGCUUUCCGAAUAAUGGAGGACAUGCAUAGGAAAGGCUACCAACCAGAGGAGGAACUUUGUUCCUCCUUGAUUUUCCAUCUUGGUACAAUUAAGGCCUAUGCAGAAGCUUUUUCUGUUUAUUGCAUAUUGAGAUAUGGCAAGAGAAACAUGUGCAAAGCCCUUCAUGAGAAGAUUCUGCAUAUUCUUAUAGCUGGACAGCUUCUCAAAGAUGCUUAUGUAGUAGUUAAGGACAAUGCUGAAUUGAUUUCUCAAGCUGCUAUAAAGAAGUUUGCAAAUUCAUUUAUGAAGCUGGGAAAUAUCAAUUUAAUAAACGAUGCCAUGAAGGUUAUUCAUGGUUCUGGAUACAAGAUUGAUCAGGAACUAUUUCAUAUGGCUGUAUCCCGUUAUAUUACACAACCUGAAAAGAAGGACUUGCUCCUUCAAUUGCUACAAUGGAUGCCUGGCCAAGGUUAUGUUGUUGAUUCUUCAACAAGAAACCUAAUUCUUAAGAACUCACACUUAUUUGGUAGCCAACUCAUUGCUGAGAUAUUGUCCAAGCAUCAUAUGAAGUCAAAGGCCCUGAGGAAUAUCUCUAUAUAAAGGAUAACUGAGUUUGGAACCAAAUGGCUUCCAGAGAAUGUUGAAAGAGCAGAUGCUUCUACUGCUAGGAAUGGAAGCAAAAUCUGUCUCAACGAUAAUUGUCGAAACAAGAAAAUUUGGUUUUCCUCUCGCAAGAAGUGGCACAGUUACAUUAUAAGGACCACAAGUAGUUGUUCUUCCAAAAUACCAGUUUGAGUCGCAAGCGGUCGACCUUAUUGCUUACCCAGUUCUAUGUUAUUGACAAACAAUGGAGUUGCAGAUGAAGCUGGUUUGACAGAGGCAUUGAAAGAAGUAAGCGUUACCCGGCUUUUAAUUCAACUGCUAGAAAUAGCUUUUUGCUAACUAAUAUAUUGGAAGAACAGACUAUAGUUAUAUUAUAUGUAUAUUAGCACUAGCUCUUGAAGGAAAAAUAAAGAUAUGGGUAUUGGUUGAAGACCAUGUAGGUUAUAUUUAAAGUUAUCUUCCCAUGUCCUUAAUAUUUGAAA